UAGUCUAUUUAGGGCUGUGGGGGAGGAAGUGACUCAGCCAUUCCUCUCUUGCCUCUGCACUGUCAUCCCUGCCGGCUCAGCUCUGCUCCCCCCACACCUCACCGUAUGAGCACUCCAUGCAACAGCAGCCCGUCUGCUUCCUCACCCCAUGUUUGGGUGAGAAAAGGCACGUUUUGGGGGCGGACGAUGUGCCAGGCGUAUCCUCACAGCACACUGCUUGAGGAGAACAAGUUGCCAGCCUGGGGACCUGUGAGCCCUACAAGCAGCAGAGGGGAAUGGGCUUGUCUGGGGUCAUUUGGAGAGAUGGCGGGCCAUGUGCUGCGUCGCAAGAAAAAGAGUGCAUUUGUUUCAGCUUAAUUGUUGUCUUCUGCUGGAAGCCAGCACCGCCAGCUGCAGCAUCACUUUGCUCUGAGGGGAACCUACAAACCCAGCCUACCCAGAAUCCUUCCUCUCCCCACCAAACCCCAACGCUCAAAGCCAGAAGGUGUUCUUGACCUGCUUAGGAAAUUCUGGCAACCCUUUGUUUAUGACUUUCAGCUCCUGGGUUGUCUGUAGCUUGCAUGCCCUUGUUUCUCAAUGGUUUUAGCAGGAGGGCUGCUGAUGCUUCCUAGCUUGUCCUCACCUUUGGUCUGUGAUGCACGCAGUGGGGACUUGACCCCGCUUUGACAGCGCUGGAUUUUGGGGAGUGGUGAAUUUUAGGCUUUCGCAGGUUUUUUGAUAAGAGUUCUGAUACUGAGCUGCUCCUGUAGGUGGCAAAGGUAUCUCUUUGAAUUUCCCAUAAGAUGUCCUUGGUGACCCCAGGAUCUCGCAAAGAGCUGGGGACGCGAGUCGCAUGUCACCCUUACUGAGAUCUCUGUCGAAGCAGACCCGUCCGGUUCUGUCAGAUGUUUCUGGAUACGGUGUGGUAGCCAUGCAGGAGGCACGUUUCCCCUGUUCCUUAUGUGGUUUUCCUCUCAUGAACCUGUGUACCAGGGGAGGCUUUCUGAUGGAAGUGCUAGCUGUAAUGCACAAGUUGAAUGGGAGAUGCUUAUAAAUAUCUGGUUUCCCAGGAAACAAGCAAUAGGAGAGGAGGUAAUGGUUCAGAUUGGACACUGAAAGAAAAUUCUUCUCUGAAGAGCUGUCAGGCAUUGACACAGGCUGCCCAGGGGGGUGGAGGGGCCACCAUCCCUAGAGCUGUUCAAGAACCAUAGAGAUGUGGCACUUGGGAAUAUGAUCAGUGAGCCUGGGGUUGGACCUGGGGAUCUCUGACGUCUUAUCCAACCUUAAUGGUUCAAUGGCUCUGUGAUUCCAGCCCGCUUGGUGAUAAGUUGAUCACUGGUUGUGGCUGUGGAACUGGGGAAUUUGCACUUCUUUGUACGGAGAUGGCAGGCUGUGCUGUGGAGCUGAGGCUGGCCAUCACCAAGCUGUGCUUCAGGUGGGGUUUGGUUUGCUUGUGUCCAACUUUUUUUUUUUCUCAGAAUUCCAACCAAAUCAUGUAGCCAUUCAUUACCUGGCUUGUUGUUGUUCAGCAGCAUAACUGUUCUGGCAUUUGCUGACUCUCUGCUCUGCUCCCCUUGGGUUCCACGUCAUCCAGUGACGCCAACGACAAGACAUGGUCGUGUCCUCGCAGUGCUUACAGUAACUCAGGCCACAUCAGCUCUCUCCUCAGCAUCUACAUCUGUUGAUUAAAACAUUAGGAGGAGUGUCAGCUUGGAAGUGAUGCAUUUGAUUAGGCAAUUAUUUUAACAAAAAAGCGGUGAACUCUUGAUUCCAAAUGUGUGAGAAAUGGUAGCUGUUGCAUUGUGGUUUGCUGGAGAGAGGCUGGGACACAGGACAGCAUCAGAGCAUCGCUUGGGAGGGUGAGGGAGGGAUUGGCAGGCUGAACGUCAGCCUUGAGCACAAGGGUCUUCUGCACAAUCUAGGGGUAAUAUGGGAAAUAUCCACGUGUUUUUAAGGAGUUCUCUUGGUCUUUGGGCAGGGAUCUGUAAUGACUGUGGGGAAGUAAUGGUUGCAUGAAGCAUCCAUGGGGCAGGUAGGUGUGUAGGGUGGAGGCUGUAUGCUGGGUUGAGAGCUUCUGCAGUAAUGUGUUCGCUUCCUACAGCAUCACAUGGGGCUGGAGGUUGGGCUGCAGGGUUGCACAGCCUAAUUGGAGACAGCUGAUGCUCUGCCAUGGUACAGAUGGUGAGGAAGCAAGAGGAGGGGCAGGACAGCAUGCACAUCCUCCCCUUUGGUCUCCCUUUCCUGUUUGCUUGGGCCAGUGUCAGACAUCUGGAGGUGAGCUCAGCCAAAUUCCUCCUCCAGGUCUGGAGCUGGGGCCUUUUCAUCUCCUUGUGCCAUGCCUUAAGGCUGCUGGGAUGGCAGAGCUGGUGCGAUCCGGCCUGGAGGAAGAGAUGGAUAACAUGAAACCUCCAGCUCCCUUUGCACGGGGAAAAGCUUGUAUGUACCCUAUAGCGAAGUCAUCCUCUUUGCUCCUUGCCUCCCGGAGCUUGAGCCUUCACUUGUUGUGCUUUCGAGCCUUACAUUGACCUGAGCCCUUCUUCCAGAGCUCAGCCUACACCUCCUGGCUGCUUGCCUCUGGGAAGAGGUUUCUUCUGGCUUUGAUGAAGUGGGAGGAGAGACCUUGUGCCUUGCUGUGGAAGGCUGGGCUGGGGCAGCUGUCCUGGGUUAAACCUUGUGUCUGGGUUUAUUGGCUCCGUGGGGACGUUGCCACUUUAUGGCAGUGCAGUAGUGCUCGUGGGCAUGUGUGCCUGUGAGAAAGCUGAUCACCAGCUGACCUAAUUAUGAUAAUCUUGCUCUUCCCCUGUUAGUGCAGGAUUCACUGGCUCUCAGAGUCUUCCUCCAAGCUGCCGCUUGUCAUUCCUUUGAUAAUAUUGUCCGUUCACUCAAGCCGGGCAAGCCAGAGAGCAGAACUUCUCUCCUGAUCAGUGACACACCUGUGAAUCACCUCUCCUGGCCUGGUUGGACGCCCCGCUGUGUCCAGCAGGGCCUUUUGACACCUCAUUGCAUGACCCUGGGCCGACCCCUCAUCAUCCCACCCUUCAUCACAGCCCCAUUCUGUUCCCCAAGCACACGUGUGCUGGAUGAAGUCCUCCCUCUGCCUGAGUUAUGGGUGGGAAUGGUGUGUCGGAGCUCCCUGCCCUGCUUACGGUUGCAGGGUUGGGUUGUGCACCAUCUUUGGUCCUUCCACCGCCCUGCUUUCUGCCCACCCUCUGUGCAGAAGGGUUGGUUUGGGCACCGACAGGCUGGUUACUGCCAAAAGGUGCCGUGUUCUCCUCCAGCAGGACAGGGAUUUGCAGCGUGUCAGCAGGAUUUAACAGCACCAUCAGCGCGGAUAAAUGGAGGCCAGCCUGGGAGAUGGAGAGCAGAACAGCAAAGCCUUGCAUCUUGGGUCUCCUCGCUCUGCAGUCUCACAGCUGAAAGGAUGGAGAACUCAUCAGUGGCCUCGGCCUCCUCGGAGGCGGGCAGCAGCCGCUCACAGGAGAUUGAGGAGUUGGAGCGCUUCAUUGACAGCUACGUGCUGGAGUACCAGGUGCAGGGGCUGCUCACCGACAAGACUGAGGGCGACGGCGAGAGCGAGAAGACACAGUCCAACAUCUCUCAGUGGACGGCGGAUUGUAAUGAGCAGCUCGAUGGCAGCUGCUCCCCAUCCAGAGGGAAGGGCUCCUCGUCUCACCAGCACAAGCAGGAAGAUUGGGAUCACAGCAGCGGUGGGAGCGCAGGAUCGCGGCCGGGGUCAGGCUCCAGGUGUGGCUCUGGAUCGAGGUCUGGGAGGAGCAGCCAGUUCAGGCACACCACCAAGAAUGGCAACAAGGAGGGCUCCCUUGACAUGCUGGGCACCGACAUCUGGGCUGCCAACACCUUUGAUUCCUUCAGUGGCGCGACGUGGGACCUGCAGCCUGAAAAACUAGAUUUCAGCCAAUUCCACAGGAAGCUCCGGAACACCUCCAAACACCCACUGCCCCACAUCGACAGGGAAGGGCUUGGAAAAGGGAAAUAUGAGGAUGGUGACAGCAUCAAUCUGAACGACAUCGAGAAGGUCCUCCCAGCAUGGCAGGGUUACCACCCGCUGCCUCAUGAAGCUGAAAUCGCGCACACCAAAAAGCUGUUCAGAAGGAGGAGAAACGACAGGAGGCGACAGCAGAGACUUCCUGGUGGGAACAAGUCCCAGCAGCACGCAGACCAUCAGCAAGGUGGUACCAAACACAACAGAGAUCACCAGAAGCUCUACCAAGGAGGCCAGGCCCCUCACUCCUCUGGUAGACCAGGCCACCAUGGCUACAGCCAGAACCGGCGAUGGCACCACAACCAGAAGCACUCACCCAAUGACAAAGAAACGCACAGGAACACCAAAGAGACUGAGAAUCUGAAAAUCGAGGACACCUCCGCUGGCACAGGGCACAGUCCUGCGGAGACGCAGCGCAGUCCGGAGGCGGUGGAGAAGCAGUCCCAGCCAUACAGCCCAGAGGUGGAGACCAAGAGGAAGGACAGCAUUCACGAGCGCGUUGGGGAAAGGCCCAAGAUCAACUUGCUUCAGUCUUCCAAAGACAGGCUGCGGAGGAGGCUAAAAGAAAAGACGCCUUGUCUUUCCCUUUUCACGGACCAGGACGAAGUCACAGUGGAAACCACCCAUCCUGAAAAGAACAAAAUGGACAAAUUAAUUGAAAUCCUUAACAGCAUGCGUAACAACAGCAGUGACGUUGACUCCAAGCUGACCACCUUCAUGGAGGAGGCUCAGAACUCCACCAACUCUGAGGAAAUGCUCGGGGAGAUAGUUAAAACCAUCUACCAGAAAGCAGUGACAGACCGCAGCUUUGCUUCCACAGCUGCCAAGCUCUGUGACAAAAUGGCUCUCUUCAUGGUGGAAGGCACCAAGUUCCGGAGUCUGCUCCUCAACAUGCUGCAGAAGGAUUUCACCAUGCGGGAGGAGCUGCAGCAGCGGGACGUGGAGCGCUGGCUUGGCUUCAUCACCUUCCUCUGCGAGGUCUUUGGCACCAUGAGGAGCAGCACUGGGGAGCCCUUCCGAGUCCUUGUGUGCCCCAUCUACACCUGCCUCAGGGAGUUGUUACAAUCUCAGGAUGUGAAGGAGGACGCCGUGCUGUGCUGCUCCAUGGAGCUGCAGAGCACCGGCCGGCUGCUGGAGGAGCAGCUGCCUGAGAUGAUGACGGAGCUGCUGGCUGCGGCCCGUGACAAGAUGCUGUGCCCCUCUGAGUCCAUGCUGACGCGUUCCCUCCUGCUGGAGGUCAUUGAGCUGCACGCCAACAAUUGGAACCCGCUGACGCCCACCAUCACGCAGUACUACAACAAGACAAUCCAAAAACUGACGGCCUGAGGGGCAGGGCAGGGUGGGGUGGGAAGGGGCGAGGAGAAGACGUGCACCUUAGCGGGAUUCCAGUUGAUGUACCCAAGCAGACAAACCCCAGCAUGCUCGAGAAUUAUGUUUGUGGGGUGGGGAGGGAGAAGCAUGUUUCUUUCAGCCUCGUCACCAAGUGCCACCCCUCCUCCCUGCCGUGUUUUUGUUGUAGGGUUUUCUUUUCUGAAAUCGGCGUGUCCCGCCGGGUUAUUGUUUGGCUUUAGAAAGACGACGGUGAGCCGGAGGAGCGAGCCCAAUGGGGCCAGGAUUGUUUUCACGCUGUCCCCCCGCCCUGCUCUGGCCAACUGGCAGCAGACAGCGCACAGCAGAUGUCUGGGGAGGACAAAGCGUGGCACACACUACACAGACGCUCAUCACUGACGGCUUUUGUCCAGCGGAGCUCUCGUUAUUUUAUUUUCCCCCCUCCUCUUCUCUUCAACUUUCUGCCCCCACCUCCGCUCCGUCUCCUCCGGAUUCUGACAGGCACAUAGGAUGGCUUUCUGAUUUGCACUGGGUUUUAUUUUUUCUUGUAUUUUUAUUUUAU